GCUGUCGGACGUUAGGUCGCUUUUUCUUUAGGCCUACACAGGAAUCAUCCCUAAUCUCUAACCUUUAUAUCCCACGCAAAAAUCCGGCUCAAGUCGUUUCACGGGGGUUUUAAUUUCUUUCUUUUAUUUCGUCGUGAGCGCAUAUUUCGCGGAAUCUCCGGCCAUAACGAUCCAGUCGCUCCGCAGCUGCGCGCACUGUUACCAAAACGCACAGGAGGGAUUCACUACAACAACAGCUUUUACGAUUUCCCAUGAAACCCUGCUGGAUCAUGUAUUAGAGCUGAUUAUGAUUGAGAAGCCUCCUAACAGCACCAGCCUGAUUCUGAGUGAAGACUCUGAGAAGCCACAGCGUGCUGAGGAGGGGCUCCAUCGUCUCUGCAGAGCUCUACAGAAGCAGAUGUCAGGAGGCAGGCAAAAGAUGGGGGGCAUCACGCGAGACAGUGUCAAGACCUUCCUUCGGAAAAACACAUUUGUAAUCUUCACUGUGGCUGCAGUGGCUUUAGGGGUGCUGCUUGGUUUUGCUCUCAGGCCUCAUAACCUGUCCAUCAGGGAGGUGAAGUAUUUUUCUUUCCCUGGAGAGCUGCUCAUGAGAAUGCUUCAGAUGCUUGUUCUACCACUCAUCGUCUCCAGUCUUGUCACAGGAAUCUCAUCCUUAGACAGCAAGGCAUCUGGGAAGAUGGGAAUUCGGGCCAUCAUCUACUACAUGGUGACAACGUUUAUAGCUGUUUUCAUCGGUAUUGUCAUGGUGAUUCUUAUCAGGCCAGGGAAAGGGAGCAGGGACAGUCUGAUGGCCUCUAGUGGCAGCAUUGAGGCAGUGCAGGCUGCUGAUGCCUUUCUGGACCUGAUAAGAAAUAUGUUUCCACCAAAUUUAGUUGAGGCCUGUUUCAAACAGUAUAAAACACUAUACAAGAAGACUGUACUGAUCGAAAAUGUCAGCAUUGUGGUCAAUGUGUCAGACAGCAUCAACUCUACAGAUAUUGGCCAGGUGUCUAACUUCAGCACAAUCUUGCAGACCGUCCAGGAGACACUGGAAGAGGUUGUACCAGUUUCAGGUUCUUCUAAUGGGGUGAAUGCCCUGGGGCUGGUGGUCUUUUCCAUGUGCUUUGGUUUAGUGAUUGGAAACAUGAAACAGCAGGGCCAGGCUCUGCGGGACUUCUUUGACUGUCUGAAUGAGGCCAUAAUGCGCUUGGUGGCUAUUAUUAUCUGGUAUGCUCCGGUGGGCAUCCUCUUCCUGAUUGCAGGGAAGAUUGUGGAGAUGAAGGAUCUUGCGCAGGUGGGAGGACAGUUAGGGAUGUACACGGUGUCUGUUAUUGUCGGGUUGCUCAUCCACGGCCUGUUUGUUCUACCUCUGCUCUUCUUUGUGGUGACCAAGAAGAAUCCGUACACCUUCAUUGCUGGGCUGCUGCAGGCUCUGAUCACUGCUUUCGGCACCUCAUCCAGUUCUGCUACCCUGCCCAUCACCUUUCGUUGUCUCGAGGAAAACAACCACGUGGACAAAAGAGUGACGCGAUUUGUGCUGCCAGUCGGAGCUACAAUUAACAUGGAUGGAACAGCUCUGUACGAGGCAGUGGCAGCCAUUUUUAUUGCCCAAGUCAAUGACAUGGACCUAAACUUUGGGCAAAUCCUCACCAUCAGCAUCACGGCGACUGCAGCCAGCAUUGGAGCAGCAGGCAUCCCUCAGGCUGGGCUUGUUACCAUGGUGAUAGUAUUGACAUCGGUGGGACUGCCCACAGAGGACAUUACACUGAUCAUUGCAGUUGACUGGUUCCUGGACCGAAUUAGGACCACCACCAAUGUUUUGGGAGAUUCGUUUGGCGCUGGAAUUGUUGAGCAUCUUUCACGUCAGGAACUUCAGAAUCAAGAUGUAGAAAUAAUCAACUCUGUUAUCGAGGAGAAUGAAAAGCAGUACCAGCUGAUCUGUCAGGAUAAUGAUUCUUUCAAUCUCCGCAGCAGUGAAACCACAAUGUAACAGCCAUGGUAUUAAACAAACCUGGUAAUAUAGUGUACAUUAACCACUGUUCAAUAGAACAUAAAAAAAUCUAAAUGUGCUCAAUAGAAUGUUGCAAAGAGAAUAGACAUGCAAAUGAGUAAAAAUCCAUAAUUUACAGUGCCAGUGCCUAACCUUUUGUAGAGCUGUUACUUUGAGUCUUUUCUCUUAGGAAAAAGUUAAUUUUAAUGUAAGCAAGUUUAAGCUGAUAACACUUUUACAUCGGAAAUAAUGUUAUGUGGUUUGUUGAUUUUAUUAAAUAUUUUAUUUGAUAAGUAUUACAAUAAAAAUAUUCAAAGCAAAUGUGUCUUAUAACCACUUCAUAAUAUCUUAUAGAUGUUUAAAAGAAUACUUACUGUAGUUUUUAUAACUUUAUUUAAAGCCGACAAAGACCAUUUGUAAAUUAUUAUGACCACAUUAUGAAUCCUUUUGGAUGUUUACAAGAAUUUCCAUUUGUCAUUUGAUUAAAAAUGGUAAAAGACCACUCAUAAGUUGUAGGAAGAUAUUGUGCUGGUUUUGAUCUUAAAUAAACAAUGACAAAUUAUAAAACUUAUAAUAUAACUAUGAGAAAAUAAUGCAUUAUAACUUAAAAUAAAAGUGGAUAAAACGUGGUGUUGGUUGUGUGCUAUAAUGCAGUAUACUCUUACUAGAGUAUUAUAUCAUAUUAGAACUGUUGUUACAAUUAUUUAAUUACAAUUAUUUAAUUAUUUAAAGAUAAACAAGUUUAAAGAGUGUUUUGAAAUUCAUUUUAUUACCAGCAUAAUUAAUUACACAAUGUCGUUCUGAUGUUUGACCUCUUAACUCAAACACGCAAAACCAAACUCAUUGAUGACAUCACAUGUCCACAAAGGGGACCUUUUUCCAGUUCAGAUUAUGUUCUGGUUUUUGUUUGCCGUCAUCAACGUGUUUUAAUUAUUUAACUUAAGAUGUAAAGAUGUCACUUUUUUAGAUGUUUAUUUGAUGUUGAAUUAUAUUCUUUGACCUUUGCUUUUACCUUCACUGUACUGUGCUUUUACUUUUUAAGUACUUUUUAAGUAUGCUAAAGUAUAAUUCCUCCCCUAAAAAUAGCAUUUAGUGAAAUGAUUUGCUCUGGUUGGUUCUUGAUAAUACAUAAUGUAUCAGCAGGAUGAAAUGUAGAAUGGCGUCAGUAAAGACAGUUUUAAUAGCUAGAAGUUUGUGAAGUGAUUCAUUUUUUAAUGAAGAAUCAGUUUAAUUUUGUGAUGGAAUCUAGAAAUGAUUACACUGGUUAUCUGGUUCUGCUUCGCCAGCCAAUUUGUGUAAAGCUACAUUGUUUGUUGUGUUAUUGUUCAUAAGACUAAUCUAUCAGCCAGCUAUGUUUGUGCUGCCCAUCUAGCCAGUGUGCCUGGGUAAAGCACCCGACCCCAGUCUUUGACUGUCCCAAACCAGUAAAGUCUCCUGUCAGUGCUGGUAUAAAUUGACGAUAUUCUAGAAAGUGUAUAAAACACAUGGAGAUUGUUACUUUUAAAUGAAAACUAUGUGGAAAUUCCAUUAUACUAUUUACUAUUUAAAAGCAUUUAUGUUAGAUUUUAGUUGCAUUGUACUUAUUGAUUUUUCUUUAAGGUAUUGUGAGCAUAUUUUUUGGCUCAAGUAACUUGGUAUUUUAAAGUCUGGAAA